AUGUCGAAGGAAUUAAUGGAGGGUUUAAAGCUCUUCAAAGAGCUUAUAUGUAGUUAUCAUAACAUAAGCGCAGAUGAAUUACAGAACGCAACACAGGAUGAUAUAAACAGGUUGUUCUUAAUAAGUGAAGAUAUAAGUGAACCGAAAAGUUGCAAUAUAUCUAAAUGUAAAGAAUUAUUAACAUCUUUAAAAUUAGUGUUAAUACAUUUGCCAUCCGUUGACCCAUUAAUACCAAUAAAUAAAAAAGAUAUAAAUGAGUUAUUAUUAGCAAGAGAAACAUUAGAAAAGGGUGUAAUGAUAUCAAUUAUGGAUGGUGAUAUAAAAUCCUUUACUAUAUACAUUGCACAGUUAUUUAUAUACUACUUUGAUUUUAAUAGUAUCUUACCGAAAAGUAAAAAACAAAAUGGUAUUUUAGGCGUUUAUUUACUUUAUUUGUUAUCAUCGAAUUCUAUAGGUGAAUUUCACAUGAUUUUAGAAAUCAUAUCCAUAGAUGAUCAGAAUGACACGUUUAUAAAAUACGUUUUAGAAUUAGAACAACAUAUUAUGGAUGGGUAUUUCCAUUAUGUUCUAACUAGAAAAGAUGAUAUACCAUUGUAUUUAUAUUCAUUAUUUAUGGAAAGACUAUAUAAUACUAUUAGGUUUAAAUUAGCUGAUUGUAUCUUUUCUUCAUCAAACUCUAUUAGUUUGGUAUAUACAUGUGAACUACUAAAAUUUAAAAAUGAAAAUGAACUUUAUCAAUUCAUUACAGACUAUAAUGAAACCAAAACUAGCCAAGGGGAAAACAACUUAAUAUGGGAAGUAAAAAAUAGCAAAAUAUUUUUCAACAAUCAGACUGUACAUGUGCAGGAACUUCCAGCUCUUGAGAUACUGAACAACACCAUAGGGUAUGCUACCGAACUUGAGCGAAUAGUCUGA